AUGCGGCCCGCAACGAAAAAACGCCUACACAGAAUUAAACGAUCCUCCCGACACAUACUCCAAUCCCUGCGACAAAAGCGCACGUUUUCCCUUUCCACCGACUCACCUGCAUCGGAAAUGUCCGACAACCACGAACGCCUCACAGAGGCAGAGCUGGACACAACUCUAAAAGUUUACCUUUCGCACAAAGCAACCCGUCCCAUGGCGGAAUUCGUAAAGAAGCAAUACAUGGAGGGAAGCUUGAGCACAAAAGAGUUCCUGAAGUGGACAGCGGUGAUGACGGAAUCUUUGUUGGAAACAACCAGCGAAAAAGGAGCCCCAACAACAGACAUCAAGAAGGUGAUGGACAUGGAAGAUAAGUGGAAAGAAACAUGGGAAGAAAUCAAAGCCGUGAAGGACCCGUUGGAGGGGUGCAAAUUCAAGAUGGAAUCGGCAAUUCUAGCACAUCAGAUGUCCCCAAUGGUCGCCGCAACCGCUACGAUUCUGCUGGGGUUGGCAGGGACAGAGUCGCAACAGGCUAGCUCUCAAGAGCGAAUUGCCGCAUGGUUUUCCAUGUUUGUUGAGGAGGCGUGCUCGUCGCGAUUGCUUGCGUACAAUGUGCAAGUCGCCGAAUCCAUCGCAGGAGGGAUGCGACAAUGGCGUAAAGUGUUGACACGGUUGGACGCACCUCUCGUUCCGGAAACGGAACGACUUGCGCACCUUAACUGUAUCACACUGGAGGCGGCACAGAACGAGAAACAGCGGAUCGCAAAAGGGAUCGAAGGAGGAGGCACGCACACGACACGCCCACGUGAUAUAUUUCGGACACCGCCAAGAGACGGCAGCGAUCCCCUGGAAGGCGGCGCGCCGUACGCACCCAUUAUUGGAGCAGAUGACUCGCAAGUCGCCGUUUUGGAUAUGAGCAGCUUCGGUGCCCUCACGGAAGAGUCCCAGCUAAGGAUACAGGACACCAUUACGCAUCUUAUGAGGAAACAAAAACCGGCACCGCGAGUUUCAAAUAAUACCCAGGGAUCCUGCAAUUAUCAAAACAGCGGGAGAGGUGCAGGAUACCGAGGCAAUUACCGAGGAAAUGGCGGAGGUAAUCGGCGUGAUAGCUAUCGCGGAGGCGAAGCGCAGGAGUUCUUUUCGUCCGAAUAA